GUCUCUUCUAUUCUUCGUAUCAUUAAUUAUUUGCUCACUCCUCUCUUCUAUUCUAUCCUACGUAUCAUUAAGAAGAAGAAAAAAAAUGGCUGGGGGAACUAUCCUCACUCCUGGUGGAAAAGAUUAUCCAGGGAAACUCACUCGCAAUGUCUUAAUAACAUGCAUAAUUGCUGCUACCGGUGGUUUAAUUUUUGGCUAUGAUCUUGGAAUUUCAGGUGGAGUUACAUCAAUGGAUUCCUUCUUGAAAGAGUUCUUUCCCUCUGUUUACGCAAAGGAGUCAUCCAUCAAACCUUCUGAUGAUCAAUACUGCAAGUUUGAUAGCCAGACAUUGACUUCGUUUACUUCUUCACUAUAUCUUGCUGCUUUGGUAGCAUCACUUUUUGCAGCAACAGUGACCCGAAUUUUUGGUAGGCGUACUACUAUGCUUUCGGGUGGAGUACUGUUUUGUGUUGGUGCACUUAUCAAUGGCUUUGCUCAAAGGAUCUGGAUGCUUAUUGUUGGUCGUUUGUUUCUUGGUUUUGGAAUUGGAUGUGCCAAUCAAUCUGUGCCAAUCUAUGUCUCUGAGAUGGCUCCAUACAGAUUCCGAGGUGGCCUCAACAUGAUGUUCCAAUUGGCAAUUACAAUUGGCAUGCUUGUUGCCAAUCUUCUAAACUAUUUCUUUGCUGAGAUUAAGGGUGGUUGGGGAUGGCGAUUGAGCUUAGGGGGUGCCAUGAUCCCUGCUAUAAUAAUCAUUAUUGGCUCAUUUUUUCUUCCGGAAACACCAAACUCUUUGAUUGAACGUGACCAUCAUAAGGAAGCCAAAGAGCAACUUUUAAAGAUCCGUGGCAUUCCUAAUGUGGAUGCGGAAUUCAAUGAUCUAGUUGCUGCUAGUGAAGCCUCAAAAUUAAUCAAACACCCUUGGGCUACUAUAUUGGAACGCAAGUAUAGACCUCAACUCACCAUGGCCAUUUGCAUUCCUAUGUUCCAACAGCUCACUGGCAUGAAUGUGAUCACAUUUUAUGCUCCUGUUUUGUUCAAAACAAUCGGUUUUGGAAGCAGUGCUUCGCUUAUGUCUGCUGUGAUUACUGGUACUGUUAAUGCUCUUGCAACCCUUGUUUCAAUUUUUAGUGUUGAUAAGUGGGGAAGGAGGACUCUUUUCAUAGAGGGUGGUGCUCAAAUGUUCAUUUGUCAGGUGAUUAUUACAAUUGCAAUUGCUGCUAGAUUUGGUAUAAGUGGGAAUCCUGGUGAAUUGCCAACAUGGUAUGCGUAUGGAUUGGUAUUCUUCAUCUGUGUAUACGUUGCUGGCUUUGCAUGGUCAUGGGGACCUCUAGGAUGGUUGGUACCUAGUGAAAUUUUCCCACUUGAAGUUCGUUCAGCUGCUCAGGCUAUCAAUGUCUCAGUUAAUAUGAUUUUCACCUUUGGCGUUGCACAAGUCUUUACCCUAAUGUUGUGCCAUUUGAAGUUUGGCCUGUUCAUCUUCUUUGCUUUCUGGGUGUUGAUAAUGAGUUUCUUUAUUUUCAAGUACUUGCCAGAGACUAAAGGUGUCCCAAUUGAAGAAAUGUCUAUUGUGUGGCGAAAUCACCCUAUUUGGGGCAAGUAUGUCCCUCCCCAAGAAGAGGCUCGCAUUGGAGGAAAUGUUUAGCUAGGAAUAAAGUUUGCAUAAUUGUUUAAUAUUUCUUGUUUUUAUUAUUGACAAUUAGGUUGCUUCAAUUAUUCUGUAGGUAAAUUUGGUUU